AUGAGCUCCAGCCUUCCAGUCGCCUUGCAUGACUUGGAGGCCGCCAUCGCCGCCGAGUCGGACAGCUCCCUGUUGCGCGCCUUGCGCCAGCGGCUGGUGGACAGGCUGACGGCUCGGAUCAAUUCACUGGAAGCCUUUGAGGUGUCAUUGUUGCGACCCAGUGGAGAUGCGAAGACGGUCACCGGCUGCUUGCCGGACGACACCUUAGAGACUUUGCGUGAGCGAGCCUCCAGGGAGUUUGGGAUCCCACGAGAUGCCAUCCUUCUCUGCAGAGGUUCCCGGCAAUUUGCCAACCGAGAUUUGCAAAUGUCACUGGCUGACCUUGGCGUUGGUCGUGGCGCUGAGUUCACCUGUCUUCGGGACGCCUUGUGCCGCAGGUACUGGCGUUUUCGAAUUGCUGAAGAAGCCUGCGAAUGGGAAGCGCUGAUUUACAACAUUGAACUCUACGACAAAUUCAACAAUGUCAUCGAGUUUGACGGCAACUUGGGCAAAUCUUGCUAG